AUGCUGUUUUUGAAAGUUACCGUAGUGACCGCCGGUCGAGAACUGUUUACAGGGCAAUGCGAUCUUGUAAUUGUAGACGUCUGUAACACAUUUCCACUUAUCAAAAUACAUAUGGCAAAGAAGAAAUUCAAGGGAGCUCCGUUUGGAACGCAAACAGCUCGAUUUGACGUGUCGGGUGUUCACCCGCAGAGCAAAAUGCCCGGGACUUUCACUCAAACGCCGUACGAUAAGAAAGCAAUGAGUGAAUAUAACACGCGGCUCGGGCCUGGAAUAUAUGAAGUGGCCAAUGGAUCGUUUGAUGAGCGGGCAGUUGUGGGGAGGGCUGACGGACCGGGUUGGCGUAGACAAUACGAAAUGAUGCGAUACGCACAGAUCCCUCACCUACGAUACAAAGAACAAUGGGAGAAGAACAAGCGACUGGAAUGCGAACUCGGACCGGGAAGAUACAACAUUAGACACUUUUCCGACGAAACGUGUUCUAAACCAUCAAGCAAACAUGGUGUGUGUGAGACCACAGGGCCACGUAUUGCACCCACCAACAAGUUUCAUGAUCAGUUGCCGGGGCCGGGAUCAUAUGGUGAGGGUGGGAUACCGUCGAGCGUUGUGGAGAAGAAGGCGAGACGGUCGGCUGGAGUGAGAGGGAUGUUGAGUUCAGGAGAUGUGAAUGAUCGGUCUAUUCCUACUGUGGGUUGUUCUCUUACCCCUGGACAAUACAACAUAAGAAGUUUUGCAGAAAACCUUAUACAGAAGGUGACCAGCCUGCGUGGUCCUUAUGAACUAUUUUCUGGCGACAGAAACAAACCUGUAAUGACGGGUCACUUGUCAAUCCGAACUUCACAUAACAUUGGACCGGGACAGUACGUUUACUCAUUGGCAGAUGAAAUGGAAGACAGGCAACACAUCAAGCAUGGUCGAUUCAGCUCACUUGCUCAAUACCCCGAACUGCCAACGGAGAGAAUCUACUGCAGCACUCUGAGCCAGUGGCCAAGAUGUCCAGAGGAUCCUGGGCCAUGCUGCUACAAUCCCCCGCAAGUGUCUGGAAUUCGAUGUCAUUCUCCACCUUUUAAUUCGUCAGAAGAUCGAUGGUGUUCUCGAACUAUGGACUUCUUUUUAGGAAGCAAGAAUCGUGUUGGUCCUGGUCGAUAUAAUCUGAAGAGGUGGGAUGAAGCACAACAGCGGAAUGGAUGUUCGAGUGCAUUUAUAUCUGAGUCUGUACGCAUGCCUGCGAAAGGCAUGUCUGAGAGAGACAAACUACUUCAGGAGCGUGUAACUCCUCGCUAUUCCAAGUACCAAGAUCAGUCACGUGAUCAACCAUCUCUAGUUCCAGUUGCAGUGUAGAACUAGAAAAUGCUUCAAUGAGAAACAUUGAAGUACAGUUUGCUCAGUAUUUAUUAGUUCUCCUAAUAAUGGAGUUAUCUAAUGCUGUGAUGGAACAUCAUUUUAGUAAUUGACUUUGCAACAUUGUAACAUGGUUGUCAGAGUUGUUUAUCCAGCAGCAAGAUAUUCAA